CGGAAUCGUCUAGACUUGAGCCCUCCCUCUCGGAAUUCGCGCUGCAGUAGAGGGUACUUGAGACUCUGGCGAUGUGAUCCGAGCGGCGAUAUUCGCGGGCGCGGGAGUCCACUCGCUGCAUCCCUCUUGCUCCCGACUCGCGGCGCGCGGCGAGCGGCGCUCGGCGGGCGGGAGGCGCCCGGCGUCACUCACGUCGACUCGGUCUCCUCGGUCGUGUGUCCGAACCUCUCCUGUCCGCGACGUGCGAUCUCUCCGAACCCUACCGGUACUAACGUACACGCCGCGUCCUAGACGCGACUCUUAACAACAUAUCCCUAGCGCUUAACCCUUCACAGACCCGUUAACCUGGGCUCCGUAGUAACAGUCAGUAUUCUUUCAAAGUUCUUGAGUUUCAAAGUUUUCUCUGUGUUGCGGACUAUCUAAAUAAAACGCGUCCGCGUUAAAACUUUAAGGGCUUGUGUCCUGCCGUAAAUAAAGGAUUAUUUGGAUUGACGGAAAGUGUCUGAACUUCUGAAGUGAAGCGAGCUGCCUUCGCGUUUCAUUUGCAUCUGUCAAACAGGUACAGUUACUUCAUUUUCUACGCUAGGCAACUGGCCAGUAAAUCACUUCUACAGAUUGUUGGUACAUCGUAACAAAGAAAUCAUCGUUGAGAUAAUAUUGAAUGCAGCGUUAAAUCUGUGGCAUAACGCAGAUUUUCCUGAAACUAUAACACGUGAUCUAGCUGAAGGACAUUGAAAUCUUACCUUGCCUGCAGUGCGUGCCAAGAGCCCCCGAGUCCCAGCCAUUAGAUUGAGUGGAGUGCCCCCUGUCUGCCCACACGUAGCCCCGCCGCCACUAUUCCGCGCGACACGGAUACUUCCAGCAUGGAACUGGAGAAAGCCCCCGCUCUCCAUGAGGAGGACUCAAAAGUCACCCUCACCAUCAGACUGAUUAUGCAGGGGAAGGAAGUUGGCAGUAUUAUUGGGAAAAAGGGAGAAAUUGUCAAAAGGUUUAGAGAAGAAUCAGGAGCAAAAAUCAAUAUAUCAGAUGGAUCGUGCCCAGAACGCAUCGUCACAGUCACCGGCAACACAAGCGCUAUAUUUAAAGCCUUCACACUCAUAUGCAAGAAAUUUGAAGAGUGGUGCUCUCAGUUCAAUGAAGGCGGCGGCGGCGGGUCGCGCGCGCCCAUCACGCUGCGGCUCAUCGUGCCGGCCUCGCAGUGCGGCUCGCUCAUCGGCAAGGGCGGCUCCAAGAUCAAGGAGAUCCGCGACGUCACCGGCGCUAAUAUCCAGGUGGCGAGCGAAAUGCUGCCGAAUUCAACAGAAAGAGCCGUAACCAUCAGCGGGACGUGCGACGCCAUCACGCAAUGCAUUUAUCACAUCUGCUGUGUCAUGUUAGAGAGUCCGCCGAAAGGUGCCACAAUUCCAUACAGGCCAAAGCCCAACGUCGCCGGGCCGGUCAUCCUGGCAGGAGGGCAGGCUUACACCAUCCAAGGAAACUAUGCGGUGCCUGCUCAAGACGCGGUGUGCGCGCCGGUGUUCCCCCUGCUGGAGGUGAAGCCGCCGCUGGUGGGCGCGCUGCCGCCGCACCACCUGCUGCCCGCGCCGCCGCUGCACGAACACCACCUCAUGGGAGGCCUGGCCAAGUCGCCGCUGGCCGGCCUCGCGGCGCUCGGGCUCGGCGGCCUCGCGCCCACCAACACCGGGGGCCUCAACCCGGCAGGUAUAGGCAAAACACUGGCAGCGUUGGCGGGCUCGCAGCUCCGCACGUCGAACCAGUCCCGCAACCAGCCCGCCACCAACCAGCAGUCGCACGAGAUGACCGUGCCCAACGAGCUUAUCGGGUGCAUCAUCGGCAAGGGCGGCACCAAGAUCGCCGAGAUCCGCCAGAUCUCGGGCGCCAUGAUCCGGAUAUCCAACUGCGAGGAGCGCGAGGGCGGCAGCACGGACCGCACCAUCACCAUCUCCGGCAACCCCGACUCCGUGGCGCUGGCUCAGUAUCUCAUCAACAUGAGUGUGGAGCUUCAGAAGGCGAAUCUAGAGGGCUCCGGCAGCGGCGGCGGCGGCGGCGCCGGCCCCAGCGCCAGCCCGCUGGCGUCGGCCAUCCCGCUGGCGCAGCUGCUCAGCAAGACGGGCGCGCUGGGCGCGCUCAGCAGCCUGUCGGCGCUGGGCGGCCUCACCGACCUGCUGGCCGGCGCCGCGCCGCCGCCCGUGCAGACCACCGGCGUGCACCGCUCCCACAAACCCUUCAACCGCCGCAGCGACGACGAGACCCCCACCAAAACCUCCAAAGAGCGGAACAAAUACAACCCCUAUUAGAAUGCCCGGUUUGGAUCUCGUCGUUGCGGCUCGGUUGCACGCCAGGAUUAGGAUUGUUCGGCUUUAGGAUAGCCGUCGGCGGUGUAGACGUUCGAUUUUGAACUUAGUUUUUCGUUGUUGGAUUCUAGGGUAAAAUACCAUAUUACGGUUUUCAAUAGAGAAUAUUACGCAAAACUCUGCGUUGGGGGCGCCCCUAGUGCAAACUGUAAACAAUCCGCUCAAUGCAUCAAUGUCAUUCUUUCGUUACAAAUAAUCUGGAAAACUUGUUAAAAAACUGUUUAGGACAUAGUAUAAGUUACUCUAUGGUUAACGGUUUGUGCCAGUGACUGCCUCUGGUGACAGAACAUUGCACUUUCGCUUCAACUUUAGCGUCCUAGACAGUAAAUUCAAAUUACUGGCUAUAAAUCAAUGCGCUGCAGCGUUAAUUUAGUCGGUACAUGCUGUAAACAUGAAAUGAAAAACUCAGUUUAAAACCGAAUGUAGUCCAUACGCUGGACUUUUCGUAGUCGAUUUAUUAGGGACGACGUGAAGCUUUCGAACUAUUUGACUUAAAUCACUCCAAUAUCAGACGUAACCGAGGUUACUAGAACUGACUAAAUCAUCAAUCAUUCGAGAAUACGUCAAUAUUUAAUUUAUCUAAAGAACUAAUAUGUUCGCCACUGUAUAGAAAUAUGUGUAUAAAAUCGGACUUCCCGAAACUAAAUUCCAGAAAUCAUUAUACGAUUAGGUUAAGACGUGUCAAAAUAAUUUAUACGUCACAUAAGUUGGCUAACGGAGUUGAUAAUCAUGUAAUUAUAACUAAUUGACGAUGACUGACAUUCAUGAAAUUAACAAUGGAUGCGUUUCUUUACGAUUCAAUUCGUAUUUUUUGCUUGUAAGUUUAAUAUUAGUUUUAUCGUUUUAGGCUUCAUAGUAAUAACACAGAUUAUCUAAUACUAUUGCAGUCUAACAUGAAUGGAACAUUAGUAACAUGCAUUGAACGGCGAAAUCACUUUAAAAAAUACAUUACGUCACAGUCAACCAUAUAGUAAUAUAUUGGGAACGUUUUAUGAGUGGUGCCUGCUAUAGUAUUGCAUAAUCUUGAUAUGUUUUAAACCAAAACACACAGUUGCAUUUACGAAAUAACAAUGUGGUUGUAAAGUAAUCGGCAAACGUUCUUAGUUUAUUUAAGAUCCACUAAUGGAUUUAAAAGUACUCAUAAGGUACAAAUAGGGUUGUCUAGUCGAGUGAUUAUUUGAUUAUUUUCUUAUGAAAUCGGCUUAUAUUGUCAAAAUUUAAAGUGUUCGCGUAAAAACAUUCAACGUUCAUUACUAAUGUCAUUUAUUUACAAAAGGGUCCAGAAUAUUUGUGCCAGAACUCAAAACUGUAUCAUUGAAAAAUUAAAGUGUAUCGUUUUACAGUAAAAUGUAUAUUUGCUUGAUAAGCAGUUAUUUGUGUAAGGAUGCAAGGUGAGAAACUUCUUUACCAACUUCCGGACCGGCUUACCUGAAAACGACAUUCAUUGUCAACAUUUCAUUGACCACACCUACUGCUAUUAGCUAAAUUAUUAUAAUUUAUUGUCGUACCAUAUAAUUAACAAAACACCGUUUUAAAUGCUCAGCAUUUUACUUCAGUUAGUUAAAAAUUUCAUUUACAUGAAUUUUAUUCUUCGGGCCACAUGAUUUUCUCCGUUCGGAACAUGGGUGAGAACGGUUUAAGUUCAUGUUCCGUAUGCCGCAACCAUUAGUAUUGGUAAAAAAAUAUAAAAGUGCUAAAUUUUGGUAUACUGCCUCGAUAAACAAUUAAUCGUAUGUAAUUAUGACAACUAUCGAUAACUAGGGAUCGUGACAAUAGUAGAAAAUACAUAGAUGCUUAAAUUAUAAUUAUUCUAUCGGAAAUACAAUGCUUCGCGUAUGAAAGAUUGUACAUAUUUCUAUUUGAAUAAAUACAGGGUGUCUAGCAAAAACAUCAAACUAUACUUCAGAAUUACUCGCUUUUAGAUAUUGGACUAAUUAAACAACGUCGGAUAGAUUUUAAACAUUUCCGGAAAGCAACAAAGUUUUUUGAGAAGUAUUUUUGAUGGGCAUUGUAUUGUAUAGUUGUUUAAAACACGAAAUCGUAAUACUGUGUUGUUUUAGAAUACACAACGUUUGGCUCGUUUGUUUGAUACCUGUAGUUAAAGUUAGAAGACUUGUAGGUAUAUGGUGUCGUGUUACUGACUCUUGACAUUGUAAACAUUGCCAUUCGAAGAUUGCAUCACUGCCACUCGGGACUGAAAGCGCUUUGCCAUUUUCAACCGCGCGCGGCCGCGUUACGAGUAAAAUUAAAACGAAUUAAUUGUAAUCAGACACUUUUACUUUACGUUAUUUCGUUAAUAUCUAUUAUUUUUUUACUUGACUACCUACGGCAAAUCAAGGAGGAAGGGUGAUGAUCUUACGUUGGAUAAUUUACUGUCGUAUGUUAGAACAUACGACAACAACAACAACGAAUAUAAAAACAGAUCUCACCUGUGCCGUACGCCUUUUAAUAAAUCUAUACCCCACCCUAGUAGACCCUAGUGUCAAAACUAUUCAAAUUUUGAUUCAAACGAUAGUACUCAAAAUAAAAUAAAAUAGAUUUAUUAAAAGGCGUACGGCACAGGUGAGAUCUGUUUUUAUAUUGCCGAUUAGUGGGUAUCAAACACAGGUUGUUGUAGUACCAACUGGUAUAAGGAACUUUAGUAAGUUAAGUUACAUAGAAGUUAGGACUACUAAUUGCAAAAUAACUUAGUUUAUAAAUGAUGGGAAAGCGCUUUUUUGUUUGGUGUUGAUGUAUAUUCAGAUGCGAUGUAAUUUGAAUUUGUACAAUGUUUAACUAAAUUCUACAGUAUUGUAGUUAGCGCUACUUCUGCGAAUUUUGUCUCUAUUGAUACUUGCACAGUAGGUGGUAGAUGUUGUGUAUUUGUACCAGUGGGCGAGGUAAAGGCAAACAGAUUCGCCUAGCAAAAGUAAUUUGCCUUUACGCUGCCUUUCAUUAGUUAGUGCAAAAUUAAAAUCGAGGUCCAAUGGAGUGUUUGUACGGUACUUGUAAUUCCGCCGCCGAGAUCAGUUUUAUUUGUAAUGAUAAAUCAUGUUAUUUUUAAGGCACUUAAUUAACGUUUUUCAUAUCGUUUCAGGAAUUAUAUUACUCGCUAGAAUCGUUAAGUAAAAGUGUAUUGUUACAAGUACAUAUUUAAUAAAAAUAAUAAUAAUG